GCAUCUGCCUCCAGGGGUGGUCCGAGGCACCCCGUUCCGAGCGGGUGGGACCGUUUGUCCGGGGGUUGGGGAGCCGAAGAGGGCGGAUUCUGAAGGAAGAAAACGGGGAGAAAAUCCCCCUGACGUCGAAGGAGAAGGGGGGAAGCAGAAAAGCGACGGACAACGCUGGGCCGGAAGUGAGGUGUCUAAGGGUAUUUCUUACCUCUUCUGAGGUUGGGGGAGUCGGUCAGUUCUGUUACCCCAGCUGAGGAGGCUCAGCAAGACAGGACUCACCUGUGGUGGGACUUGCCAAGGAACCUGCGGUGGACAGCUGUGAAAGAGCUGGUUUAAUUUCUGCUGCUGUCUGGUUCCGGGGACUGGAGUCCCCGGCGAUCUCCCAGCAAGCUGUUUCCUGCGGCAAGGAACGAGAUGGUCCGAUCGAUGUUGGCCACGGCCACCAGCCUGGUGCUCACCACCACGGUGAUCACCCAUGCCUACUACCUGAAGCGUCAGUUCUACCCCACAGUGGUGUACCUCACCAAAUCUAGCCCCAGUAUGGCGGUGCUGUACAUCCAGGCGUUCGUCUUGGUCUUCCUGGUCGGCAAGUUCAUGCGAAAGGUGUUCUUUGGGCAGCUGCGUGCUGCAGAGAUGGAGCAUUUGAUCGAGCGCUCCUGGUACGCGGUGACCGAGACGUGCCUGGCCUUCACCGUCUUCAGGGACGACUUCAGCCCGCGCUUUGUGGCCAUCUUCACCCUGCUGCUCUUCCUCAAGUGCUUCCAUUGGCUGGCUGAGGACCGUGUAGACUUCAUGGAGCGGAGUCCGAACAUCUCGGUGCUGUUCCACUUCCGGGUCACUUCGCUCAUGGGCUUGCUGACCGUGCUGGACCUGCUCUUUGUGAACCACGCCUGUCACAGCAUCAUCACUCGAGGAGCCUCUGUCCAGCUGGUGUUCGGCUUCGAGUACGCCAUCCUGCUCACCAUGGUCCUCACCAUUUUCAUCAAAUACGUCCUGCACAGCAUUGACCUUCAGAGCGAGAACCCCUGGGACAACAAGGCUGUUUACAUGCUCUACACAGAACUCCUGACUGGGUUCAUUAAAGUCCUGCUCUACAUGGCCUUCAUGACCAUCAUGAUCAAGGUGCACACGUUCCCCCUGUUCGCCAUUCGCCCCAUGUACCUGACCAUGAGGCAGUUCAAGAAGGCGGUGACAGAUGCCAUCAUGUCAAGACGAGCCAUUCGCAACAUGAACACGCUGUAUCCUGACGCCAGCCCAGAGGAGCUGCAGCUGACAGACAACGUCUGCAUCAUCUGCCGGGAGGAGAUGGUGACCGGGGCCAAGCGACUACCCUGUAACCACAUCUUCCACACCAGCUGCCUCCGCUCCUGGUUCCAGCGGCAGCAGACCUGCCCCACCUGCCGCAUGGACGUGCUGCGGACCACGCUGCCCGCCCAGACGCCCGCGCCACCGCCGGCCCAGCCGCAGGCGCCCAUCGUGCCCCAGCAGCCAAACCUGCCUCCGGGGAUGAUGCCACCCUUCCCACCGGGGCUCUUCCCCUUCUGGCCGCCCGUGGCAAACCUCGGCCAGAACUUCUUCCCCCAGGCUCCAGGUGCGGCCCCCAACACGCCACAGCCCGGCCCUUCGGCUCCCUCCGGCUCGGACACUCAGUCUAACGCUGCUAACGGCGACACGUCGCGGGCCAGCGAACCAGCGGCAAGGACCGGUCUGGAGCCACCGCCUCUGGGAGCGAUCCCGGGAUUCCCCUUCUCCCUCCCUCCCUUCCCAUCAGCCCCCUGGAUGGGAAUGCCACCGCCACCCUUUGCAAUGCCUCCGAUGCCGAUGCCCCCGUCCGGUUUUGCCGGGCUGACGGAAGAGGAGCUGCGGGCGAUGGAAGGGCAGGAGCGGCAGAACCUGGAAGCCCGGCUCCAGUGCCUCCAGAACAUUCACACACUGCUGGACGCAGCCAUGGUCCAGAUCCACCAGUACCUCUCAGUCGUCGCUACCCUCAGCCCCCCAAGGCCGCCAGCAGCAGCAACGGCCGAGAGCACGGUACCAAGCACAGAGACAGCGGAGCUGGCGACUGGAUCACAGACGAGUUCACCAGAAGAGCCUGGCCCCUCUCCAGCCCCGGUGGCUGACAACAGCUCGGCACAACGCGCUCCAACGCCUGAAGAAAUAGGGCAGAAUGACCUGGAAGGCGCUGUGGGCUACACCCCGCUGCCCUCGGACAACCUCCCGGAAGAUGGGGAAGAGUCUGUUGGAGAGCCAGACACUGCCGAACUGCGCAGGCGGAGACUCCGGAAGCUCGAGCAGCCCAACGCCCAGCAGUGACUGAGAGUAGGGUGGACGGGAGGGCGUGAAGAUGCCCCCGGGGGCAGGGAUGGAGGGGGAUUUCUCUGGUUUCCUUCCCCCCCCCCCCCCCCUCGACAUUCGCAUCAAGUGACACUGAUUAUCCGAUUAAUGAGACCCGGCUGGCCGGCCACCCGCCGCACCAGAGGUCUCCACUGAAUGAAAGCAUACACCAGCUGCCACCUUUCGUCCGGUCCCCUUCACUCGGGUGGCCUUGAACUAUCGAAGCAACAUGGAGCGGCCUCGCUUUGUCCUCAGGGCUGCCGUCGCCCGUCUCCCGUUCACCACCAGCAGCUCCCUCUCCCCCCCCCCCACCACCACACAAGCCUUGUGAGAACACCCACUGACAGUCUCCGCAUGAAGACCCGGAUCUGAAGUACCUGCUGGUGAUGUCCUGUCCCUCCUCCCCUCCCCAGCACAAACACCGCUCUCCUCCUGGUCACCCAGCUUAGGCUGGUAGCGCCGCUUAUUGCAGGGGUCGGAACCACUUGUGAGACAGAACUGUGAUAAAUAUCGAUGACCAGACCGCUCCUCUGUCUAUCGCUCAUUAACUCGACAAACUCAGCACCCUCGGUUGAAACCUCGGAGCAGGGCGGCCCUGAAAUAAUUUCCGAAUCGUUACCUGGUCUGAAUAUGAACCUGUCGCUAAUGUGCGGAUGACUUUUUUUUUACUUCAGAGGGCAAAAAAUGGGAGAUGAGGGACAAUGUCCUUCUGCCGUCAAGUAGGGAGUUCGUGGGCAGGGAAAGAAUCUGAGACGAGGGUUUUGCGAAACGAGAUCAGGCCUGACUGGUAUUGUGCGCCCCAAAGUACAGAAAUGGAAAUGAUCUCGGACUGAAGCUUGCUGUGACUUGUAUCAUCCCCAGAUUAAAUUAUUUCCUUUUUCUUUUUUUGCUUCAAGCAGUUCAUUUUUGGUUUGAAAUCCUACAGGAGAAUUUUGACUUUGAGUGCAAGUUGGGUUCUCAGUGCAGGGAGAUUACGAGCCAGCAGAGUGUUCAUAGUCCUCUCCUGAGGAUCAUGUGGCAAGUUCAGCAAGAUGCCGGGUUUGUUGUGUGUGUGUCUGAAGCUCUGACGGGGUCCGCGAGAGUGACCUCGAUGGAUUUGAUUGGUGAGUGGAUGCUGUUUACGCAAACCCAAGGGUCGAGGGGACUGGCACUUUUUGUUCCUCAUUCGCUCUGUUCUUUCCAAGAUAUUUUAUAGGUCAGAAUUAGUGAGGAGUUGGGGACUGUGUGUGUGUGUAUUCAGUCCUCUCUCUUCCCUUCUUUAUCUGCUCAAUUUUCCGAGUGUUAAUUUAAUACGGUGGAAUUGUUGGAGCUGUCUCAUUAAGUGCAUAGAUUUAAUAAAGUUUGCCCUUUAUCACUGCCACUCCCAACGGGUGCCAUCUGAAUCGGGGUGUUAUGAAAUUGGAGUUCCCUCUUGCGGUGGACUGUGACUUCAUGACAGGACGUUUAAGGUUCGUCUCUUCAUUCCCUCCCCACCACCUUUGGGAUUGCUUGAUCUAUUGACUCGGGGGCAUCCAGCUUGCACCAGUUUGGCUGGCGCGGGGGGUCUCGGAGGUGUUUGAGUCUGGGGAUUCGUUAGAAAUUGUUUCGUUUCUGAGCAGGUCCUCCCAGUCUUUCACCCUGUGAUCGUCGGCCCAGCGUACUGUUCACGAAGACCCUUUCCUGUACCAGUUCACCUUUCUGUUUGUUUUUAAACGUUUCCACUAUUGGGGGGAGGGGGUGAGGGUGCGGAACAAAGGGCGGGAUAGAUUAAAUAGGGUGAGAUUAAUUGCUGUAGUGCACGAGAUCUGCCACCUAUCGCAGCAAGUCUUGGUGCUGCGUCUCAGAAUCCCGGCAUCAAGCUCGGCCCGUGCUGCGUACCUUGCUGCUGUCUGCAGUCAGCCUGACGGGAAGCGCUCCCGUUCCAUUCCCACAGGCCGCCAAAACAUUUUUACCCUGCGUGUGGGCUUUGAUUCGGCGAAUGUCUGUGCCGCCAGUGGUUCAUUCCACUCUGGGGUAUUCCAGAGGUGGGGUGGGGGGGACAGAUUGGUAGGAUUAGUGAGUGUUAGCCAUUUCCCAAAAGUUGACAAACUCAUUUGGAUCACUGUGCCCUGGAACGGAAAUCCACAGUUGGUUUCGACCCGGUCACUCGCUCCUUUCAGCCUGCAUGCUGAUAUUCAGGAGCAGAGUGGGGUUGUGUCCCAGCGUAGUCUCUUUUCAGUUGACCUGGGCCAGGAUGCCAUUGAACUUCAGGUGGUGGGGGGGAAGUGGCCUGGGCUGACACAGAAAUAUCCUCCCCUCUGCCACUUCUGAAGCUGGGAUCUCUCCUUAGAAUCCUUGCAUCUAAGUCUGAGCUCUAUAGGGGUGAGGGUUUUGUGAUUUGAUUAUUUAAUUUGUAUAUAUUGUAUAAAUUUUUAAUAGCUGGAGUUGUACAUAGAGCACAAUAAAAAUCCGCUGGUUCUGUC